UUUAUAUUGUUUACGUUACCUUUUACCUUCUUAAUUAAUUAAAACUUAUUUGGGUUAACAAUAGAUAAAUCAACACCAUAAUGCUACACAGGACAAAACAGAACUUAGUUAAGUCUCCAACUUCGACAAUGGAUACAACAAAACUUGAAAUAUUUGAUCAAAACAGGUAUUUUUUAUAGAAGAACCAAGUACUUAUUUGGCUGGACGUGCCUGUGGGCUAUCUAUGCUUAAGUGGAUUGCAUGGUGUUUUGUUUUGAUUUGGUGCUGGAUUAUUGGUGGCUUUUGUUGUUUUGUUUGUCAAAUCAGCAUGUCCAUAUUUAGUUCGGAAAAUAAUGAAAAAUAAAUAUGUAAUUUUAACAAGAGUCGUCUCCUAAUAUAAACCUACAUGGCUAACUAACCCCAUUUUUUAAAGAUAGUUUUAAGUAUACAGCUCUGGCACCUAACCUUUUCAGCAAUGUGCUUAAGUGUUGCCAUAGUCUAAGCAAUUACCACAUUUGUGGGAAACUAUUAAAGCUAGAUAAUAAGUUUGUGACUAACCUAAUAUGAGUCAUUUUGUAACUUCCAGUAAAUACUUAUUUUAUUAUUUGAUUUCAGAUUGGAUUUCUCCAGAUGUAACUGAUUGCACAUUGGCAACUUGUAAAUAUUGCCGCAUUUCAUUAAAAGCGCAUAAAAAAGCUUUAUUAAAACAUGCUUUAACAGAAAAACCUAAAAAAGCAAUUGCAUUAGAUAAAUCUGCAAAAUCCUGCAAACUAUUGCCUAUGGUUUAUAAACCAGUACUAUCCGAUAAAACCAAAACUGCAGAAAUAAAAAUUGCAGCAUUUAUUGCGGAACAUACUUCGGUGAUGACAGUAGAUCAUCUGAUUGAAUUGCUGCCCCAGUUAGAUCCAUCGUCGGAUGCCCUGAAGAAUUUAAGACUGCAUCGCACCAAAUGCUCUAUGAUAAUAAAAAAUGUGCUUGGCCCCACCUUAUUGAGUGACUUAAUAGAAGAGAUAGGAGAGUCUCCGUAUUCAAUUAUCAUAGACGAAAGCACAGAUCUUUCAACACAGAAAGUUUUAUGCAUCAUGGUGCGAUUUUAUUCAAAUAAAAACAAUGAUAUAGUCACAACUUUCUAUAGGUUAAUCAAAUUAAGAGAAUGCGAUGCAAAAACAGUUUACGAUGCUAUCAAAGACCAACUCACAAGAGAUGGGCUGAAAAUAGAAAACAUGGUCGGAAUAGGUGUCGAUGGAGCCAAUGUAAUGGUCGGGAAACAUAAUUCAGUAACGGCUCUAUUAAAAAGUGAAUUACCUGAUAUAGUCAUAGUAAAAUGCGUGAGUCACUCACUUCAUUUGUGUGCCGAAAAUGCAGCAAAACUUUUACCUCGACAGUUAGAAUUUUUAGUUCGAGAAGCACAUAAUUGGUUUAGCUACAGCCCUAAACGCUUAGAAAAGUAUAGAGAUCUAUUUGAGGCAAUGAAUGACAGUAGAUCACCAAAGAAAAUUCAAGGAUUGAGUGGGACACGGUGGCUAGAACGUUGAGGCUGUCACUACAAUAUUGGACCAAACUAAAAUUACUUUUCUCUCUUGCCAAAUCAGAAGAUAGGUGUUACAUGGCGGAGCAACUACAUGAUAUUAUGAAGCGAUUACCGUUUAAAGCGUUUUUAAUUUUUUUGAAAAACGAAUUGAAAAAUGUUAUUCAACUGAAUUUACUUUUUCAAAGUGAUAACGUUGAACCGGUAAAAUUGUUUGAAGACUUGUUUUUAAUGUACAAAAACCUACUUCAAAAACUUGUUGUACCCUCUCAGUUAGAGAGGUUAACAGAGUCUGAACUUGUCGAUUUUAAUUUCAAACAACAUCUCAUACACACGUCAUCAAUUUAUUUUUGCUAUGACUUUUAAGUAAUAUCUCAAGAACUCGAAGAAAGUGAUUUGAAUGACGUGAGAGAAAGAUGCAAGGGUUUCUCGAUUUGUCUAGCAGAGGAAAUUAAAAAACGGCUGCCGGAAAACUUAUCUACUUUAAAGUUGAUCGCAGAUCUACACCCAAAAGUCGCCACCUCCCAAGUCAAGCCCGACAUUUCAAAAGUAGUAACGCUUUUUGAACGAGCCCAUAUAUUUGGAAACAAAAAUGAGGUGGUGUCAGAGUGGAAUAAGCUGACGAACAAGCAAUGGACAGAUGUAACAACAACAGCAAAAUUUUAUAAAGAAGUGUUCGAUGACUGUGACGCUGGUGGGCAAAAGCGGUUUGAAAAUGUAGCAAAAUUUGCACUAGCACUAAUAACAGUGCCAUUUUCUAACGCUAGCGUUGAACGCGCUUUUUCUAUUUAUAAUACAGUAAAAAACAAAUUACGCAAUCGGUGGUCCAUAGAAAUGUUGCAAAGUAUUUUGAUGACGAGAUUUGCCUUAAAACGACAUGGUUCUUGCGUCACAUUUACUCCAACACAAAAAAUGUUGCAGUC